AUGAAUUCCAAUCGCUUCAACUAUAAUUCCAAUGGGAAUAUGCCAAUGUACAAUAGAAUUGGACCAUAUGGCCAAAAUCUCAAUGAAUGGCGAAAUAGUCCUAAUACAAACCAGAAGUUGGUGUGGGAGCCUUAUGCGCUUGCAGCUCCACGAAGAGUUCUCACAAUCGACGAGCAGAAACAAACUCAAAACAGAAAAAUCGAUGAAGACUGGUUCCAUGCUUACGCGACAUAUUCACCAUAUAGAACAUCAAAUCAAGAAUACGGUUUCCAACAAUCUCCCAUUCAUUUCACUCCGAAUGUCUAUCACAAGCAGCCGAAUGCUUACACUCAAGUACCAAGCGAUUCGCGUCAAAACUCUAUGAAUGCAAAUACAGGUGGUCUGGGUUCUCCACAAUCGCCUAUGUUCGAUCUCCUGACUAGACAUGGUCUACCACCACUUGCAUAUAGAACACCGAGAUCAUCCCAAAACACGUAA